AUGGGUACGUUGCAUAUGAAUUUAAUGUCGGGUCAGCUGUCGAAAUCAUGCACAAUCAUGCAGGAUCCCGUUUCCAACCCAAAUAUUGAAGAGGCCACUUAUGAUAGUGACAAAAAUUCUCAUGGAAGAUGUACUUCAUCAUUAUAUGAAGAUGAUGUAAAAGUUAUGGAAGUGAAGGAAAAAAACCUGGCCUCAUCAUAUCAGGAUUCUGAGUACACGCGAUCUUCUGAUGGUUCACAAUAUUCAGUUGGACGUAGUAAGGAUAGUCCUAUGGAAGCGAAUGGAGUCCGUUGGCGUCAUUGUGUAAACAAUGGUCAAGAGAUGUACAUUAACGAAGCAACUAAUGAGAAAUGGGUUCCAGCAACUGAUCAAUAUGGAAAAACAUAUUAUUAUGAACUAAACACUCGUCAUUCCGUAUGGGCACUUGAAGAUCUAGAAACAUCACCUACAGACGCGCCACAUUCGUCCGACUCAUUGAAUAAUUAUCUAGAUAUUAAUGAACCGAAUGCUUCCAAGGAAGCUUUUGACUGUUCAGUAUUUGAAGAUGAAAAUAAUGGUUCUUAUGUUGAUCAGUAUCCAUCUGUAUCUAGAAUGUCAAGUAUCAGUAAAGUUAAUCGGAGAACAAUGAGUCAAUCUAAAGUGUCUCAUCGAAGUUCACAUAUACCUUCUGAAGUUUGUUCAACACAAGUUAUCAAUCGACCUUUCAGUUUAGUCAGUCUUGAUGAUCAAGAUCAAGGAGCAGGUGGACGUUUUCAGAUGAAGAAUCUAAGCAAAGAACAUAUCAGUGGACCAAGUGAAAAUAAACUUACGCACUUUGAACGACGUGGUGCAGUUAUUCGUACAAUGUUAAUUGAAAAUGGCAAACGUAUAUCAAAAAAAUGGAUACCAGGUGUAUUACAUCUUAGUGGUCCAUUACUUUUUCUAUACAAAGAUAAUAAGCCUUCGUUACCUAAAAUACAUCAACCACUUGGUAAACCUGAUGUUCAAUUCAACAUUAGAGAGGUAAAAGUUAGCGAAGCAAACGGUGAACAAACAUCAAGAAAGAAUGUGCUCAAAAUCGAAUGUGAAACUGCUGGAAAGUUGAAUGUUCAUUUAGUACAAAUCCCAGCCAUCGAUUAUGAAUCGUGGAAAGCUGCAAUACGAUAUGCGAAGGAUCUUUUGAAUGAAGAUCAUGGAGUCACGUUAGGACGUUCAUUAACCAGAUAUGAUUCGGGACAACCUUCUGUGCUCGAUAAAAAAUUGUUGGUUAAAUUGCGUGAUUUUUUUAGAACAAGACCAACUGCUGCAUCCCUACGAUCUCGCGGUAUUUUAAAGAAUGAAUCUGUAUUUGCAUCUACAAUCAUGCAAAUAUGUGAGAAUGAAGAUUCUGAUGUACCUAAUUUUAUUGUUCGUGCAAUUCGUGCUAUUGAAGCUCGAGGACUUGAUCAUGUUGGGAUUUAUCGAUCAAGCGGAAAUGGUGCUACAAUCCAAAAACUUCGCUGUGCCGUUAAUCAAUAUAACUACAGUUUAAAUUCUGAAAAAUGGAGUUUGGAAGUAUUAACAGGGGCAUUGAAAUUAUUUUUUCGUGAACUUAAAGAACCACUUAUAACAUUCAAAAUAUAUCCAGAAGUUGAUCAACUAUUGGGUGAUAACGAUAUAGCACCAGAUUUAAAAGUGAUUAGAAUGCGAGAAUUGAUCAAUUCUAUGCCUGUCCCACAUAUCAACACAUCUCGAAUAUUUUUUCAUCAUUUGUACAGAGUAAUGCAACUGUCCAGUAUCAACCAAAUGCAUUCUUACAAUUUGGCUAUUGUUUUUGGACCUAGUUUAAUUUGGCCAGAAGUAGAGUCUGUCGCAUAUAGAGCACUGAAGUCUGUACAGGUCCCAUGUAUAGAAUAUUUGCUUACACAUGUAGAGGAAAUAUUCGGACCAGUAACCCCACCACCAGUUAUUUCAUAA